CGUGGCUGCAGUUCCCAUCAUCCUCUGUGGACCCUCCGUCUGCCUCGUCUUUCUCUUUUAAAAAAUAAGAAGAAGCGCGUCAAAUAACAUUUAUUCAUUUGAUUUUUUUUAUUUAUUUCCUCGUCUCGUGUGCUGCUUGUUUCUUCUAUUUCCAAUAAUGAGAGCGCGUUAUAAGAAGCGUGUUGCAGACCAGCAGCGUCAAGCAGGCCCCCAGUGUUGAUCAGAACCAGAAAUCAUCGCAGGAUGUGAUCAUCUCCUGCCAGUUUUCCUCUCUGAAAUGGAGCUCACUUUGCAGGGUUCCCCUUCAAACAUAUCUAAACUGUUCCACAAUACCAGCCUGUCACUAAAUGCCACUGGGAAUUACACCAGUGACCAAUUCACUGAAGUCAACCUCUCUGAAAUCCUGGGUCCAAAACGAUCUCCCUUCUUCCUCCCUGUGACCAGCAUUUACCUUCUCAUCUUCCUCACCGGCUUGUGUGGAAAUCUGCUUACAUGUGCAGUGAUAGCGCGGCACAAGAAGAUGCGAAACCCCACCAAUCUCUACCUUGUGAGCCUGGCUGCAUCAGACCUCCUCAUGCUUUUAUUCGGGAUGCCCCUGGAGAUUUACGACCUGUGGCAGAAUUACCCCUUCCCCUUUGGCGAGAGUGGCUGUUACUUCAAGACCUUCCUCUUCGAGACGGUCUGCUUCGCCUCAAUUCUCAAUGUCACAGCUCUGAGUGUGGAGAGGUACAUAGCUGUGCUCCACCCCCUCAAAACACGUUAUCUGUCAACUAACCAUCAUGCCAAGCGGGUCAUCAGCAUUGUGUGGGUGGUGUCCAUGAUCUGUGCCAUCCCCAACACCUCACUGCAUGGCAUCUUUUACCUGCCAGAGAGGAUGGAGGAGUCGGCUAUUUGCACAGUACUGAAGCCCCUGUGGAUCUAUAACAUGGUCAUGCAGAUCACAACUGUAUGCUUCUAUUUUGUGCCCAUGAUGGUGAUCAGUGUGCUGUACCUGGUGAUGGGUCUUCAUUUGGGCAGAGAAAAGCAGCAGCCCAACGGUAACCUGGGAAAGAACUGUGGCGGCAACACUCAAAGGAAGAUCAACGUGAACGGGCGCAGGAGACAAGUCAACAAGAUGCUUUCGAUCGUUGUCGCCGUGUUUGGAGUCUGCUGGGCGCCUUUCCACAUCGAGCGGCUCCUGUGGAGUUCCAUCAGCCAGUGGACCGAUUUGAUGCACAACAUUUAUCAGUACGUCCACAUCCUGUCAGGCAUCCUCUUCUACCUCAGCUCAGCAGUCAACCCUAUAAUCUACAGCCUACUCUCCACGCGGUUCAGGGAGUGUUUCCGAGAACUUGUGUGUUCCCAUGUGGAGGAUAAUAGCUUUGUCAGAGACUCGCCGCCAUUCCCUAAGAUCUUACCAGAUCCUUUUGUGUCAAGCACCAGAGCUCAGGCUGGGGGUAAGAACUUGAAUGCUUUCAUCCCUUUGCUGUCUCCUAACAUCACACUGAGCAUGGACACUGCAAUCCUCACAUGUGGAUGUAAAGACACAACCUGCAAGACCUCAGUGUUCUAACCGAUUUGAAUAAACUAACAAGCAUAAACUAAUUUAAAGGAAUAGUUUGGUCAAAUAAGCUUAUUCACUUCCUUGCUGGGAGUUCGAAGAGAAGAUUGAUACCACUCUCACAUCUGAUAAAUAUGAAGCUAGAUUGUUGGCUUAACAAAAGCCAACUAAAAACAUUUUUAAAUCUCAUUAUAGCACAUUCUAUUGUGUAUAUUAAUCUU